GAUGCCAUCCUCUCAUUUUAUGUUUAGUCUUUAUAAACAAAGGUUUUGUCAGGAAUAUUUUAAAUACGGUGGUAAAUACGAGUGUUGAUACAGAAUAUAAUUACAAAACUGUAGUAAGAGGGUGAUAAGCAGGAAAACUAUGUCAAUAUGGAUAAAGUUACUGAUAACGGUAAUAUUGGAGACGAUUGUUACUGCGAAACUGAUUUGUUCGAAAAAAGGAGUAACAGACAUCGUAUGUACUGCGGGAAAUUCCGAUUAUGAACUUGAAAGAGGCGUGGUAUCCGACCAAAAUGGGAUAACUGGGAUACAUCUUAAAUCUUGUAGAAUAACACAGAUAAAAUUGGAAGCUUUCAAAGGUCUCCCUGCUCUUGAAUACCUUGAUUUAUCCCAUAAUUCUAUAUCAAAUCUAGAUUUGGGAGUAUUGGAUGACACGCAAAAUUUAAAGUCCUUGAAUUUAUCCUUUAAUUCAAUAAAAUCAUUGCCUUUAGGACUUUUUGAUCAAGAACCUAAUUUGGAAGUUUUAGAUUUAAGAGGAAAUAGUAUUAAAAAUUUAACAAAAGGUUUAUUUGCCCCAUUGAAGAAGUUAAGACACUUGGAUGUGUCAAAUAACUUUCUCGUUGGCAGAGAAUUAAGUCCCGAUAUAUUUGAAAACAACAAACUAAUAAAGUUUAUGGAUAUAUCAAGAAAUGACUUGUCAGAUACUCCGGAGAAUUUGUUUCAAGCAUUCACACAGAUAGAUUUUUUAAAUGUUGAUAGAUGUUUCUUGGAUAAAGUGCCAGCUUUUACCACAAAAACUAACAUGAAGACAAUGAAGCAUUUGAUGUUAUCUACAAAUCAUAUCACCCAAUUGGAUGACCCCAAAAUUUUCUUAAAUUUAGAAAGCAUCGAGAUAAUCAAUUUAGCAAAGAACUUAAUAGAAAGCAUAUCUGAAAAUAUUUUCAAAUCACUAAAAAAGAUCAAAAUGAUAAUUUUGAGAGACAACAAUCUAAGAUCUAUUCCAGAUACCUUAUUCAAAGGUCUACCAAAGCUGGUAAAUCUGCAUUUGCAAAACAAUAUGUUAGAAUCUCUUCCUGUUAAUGCAUUUAGAAAUUCUCGAAUUAAAAACUUGAAUGUAGGGGGAAAUAAGAUAACUUUUUUGAUAGACAAUUUCUGUUUAGAGUUAAAGAAUUCUGGAACGAAUUUGAAGAAAUUUAUGUUUACGAAUAACCCGUGGCAAUGUCCUUGUUUGCUGGAUGUUUUAGUUGAAAUGAGGAGAAUGGGGAUAGAGUAUAAUCCUGACAAAUAUGAUGGUCAACAAAAAGUAUGUGUACAGCAGGAUCAGUAUUGUCAUCGACAUUUGGAAUCAAAUAGUGUAUAUAUAGAUUUGUAUCAGGAAUUGGUAGAAUUAAAUCCUUAG